AUGGACCAUAUGGAAGUCAGUGUGCUACCUGAUGACCUGAUUGUGGAAAUCCUCUCCCGGCUGCCGCUGAAGUCUUUUUGCCGCUUCAAAUGUGUUUGCAAACCCUGGCUUGCCUUCUCCUUUGAUCCAAACUACCGCAAGAAGCUGCCGAAAAUCCCCACUGGUCUUUUCUGCCAGUACCAAGACUUCGAUAAGAAGGCUACCAAGCUUCUUAGCCAGCCCCGAAACGUUGAGAAAAUUGAUGGAGCACUUAGUUUCUUGCCAGACCAUCCGCAACUCGAGCUUAUGGAUUGCUGCAAUGGCCUAGUGCUCUGCAUGCGUAGGAGCAUGGAUUGGAGCAGACGUACAAUUACUUGCCACUUCAUUGUGUGCAACACGGCAACACGAGAGUGGACGAGGCUUCCUGAUACUCGUCCUUACCAAGAACAUGCUGUUUUUGAAGCUAUGUUGGCUUUCAACCCAUCAUGUUCACCACAGUUCUAUGUCUUCAACUUUAAACGGAAUACUUUUUCAUUCUUGAGUGGGCUUCAGGUAUUUUCGUCUGACCUUUCCACGUGGCUCGUAUAUGAUGCAUGGUGGAGUUCCGGGAUACACACUGUUGUUGGAUACCCACACUUAUUCAUAGAUGGUUCACUGUAUCUGUUUAGUAUGCGACACAACUCAGUGAAGAGGAUCUUGGUGUUGAACGGCUUUGAGGCAAUGAGUUCUCGCAUGCCGCCUAAUCGUCAAACUAUUAAGUUGCCCCAUGACCCUUCUGUUGAGCCUGCAAAUGGCCUUCCGGUCGGUUUGUACACCAGAGGUUACUUUGGCAAAUCUCCGGGGGCCAUGCACUAUGCAUUGCCAGCAGCAGAUGGGCUUGCAAUUCGGAUCUGGAGUCUUGAUGUUUCUGGGCCUUACAAAUGGACUGUGAAGUAUCGUCUUAGUAUGAGUGAUGCAUUUGGAAGGGAUGACCUUGCUUACUAUGGCGCUGCUCAACAGUGCUGGAAUUGCCCGUAUGAAAUUGCUGCUAUUGACUUGGAGAGGGACGUCGUGUUCCUCUUUGACUAUCAUGCGAACAAGCUUUGUUCAUACACCAUCAGCACAGGGGAGCUUCAGGAACUCGAUGACAUUGAACAAGAUCAUGAGCAUGUCUAUGAAAAAUUCUACCACUACGUGGCAUGCUACUCAAAGCUUCCAGCCUAUGUGCCUAUACCUCAGCCAUGUUUGUUGGAAGCAAAGAGGCCUGAUUGGCGGACGUGGCACUCGAAGGUGCUAGCAAUUGUUGCGAAAUCAAGCUGGAGAUGA